AUGGGUGCUUGGUUAUUUAUACUUGCUGUGGUGGUCAACUGUAUCAACCUGUUUGGUCAAGUGCAUUUUACAAUUCUUUAUGCGGAUUUAGAAGCCGAUUACAUCAACCCUAUUGAACUUUGCUCCAAGGUCAACAGUCUAAUCACACCUGAAGCUGCCUUGCAUGGACUACUUACGACGCUAUUCCUUUUGAAUGGGUAUUGGUUCGUUUUCCUUUUGAACCUGCCAAUAUUGGCUUACAACGUCAACAAGAUCUACAACAAGGUGCAACUGUUGGAUGCCACUGAGAUUUUCAGAACUUUGGGUAAGCACAAGAGGGAAAGUUUCUUGAAGCUAGGGUUCUACCUGUUGAUGUUCUUCUUCUACUUGUACAGAAUGAUCAUGGCGUUGAUCUCAGAAAGUGAUGAUUAA